AUGCCUGGACCAAAUAAGAACUUUCGCCAUGGCCCCAAGCGGCAAAGGAGGACCGAACCUAAGCGGAAGGAAAAGUCGAACGAAUUUGACGAGGUUUUGCAGCUCGAUAUUGACAAACUUCUGAAGAAGAACAAGCCUGAGGUCGACAGCGCCGCCGACGCUCCUACUCCGCCGCCGUCCACUCUUCCAGAACUUUUUACGGAGAUUGAGGUGACUGUCGAGGAGAUAUCUUCUACAGGUGAUGGGUUGGCACUAUCAGAAAACAAGGAUCAUGUCUACAUCGUUCCUUUCACAGUUCCAGGCGACAAGGCUCUUGUCAAAGUAGUGCGGCACGUCAAACAACUAUCUUACAGCGUGACGGACUUUCUCAAGAUUAUCGAGCCUGGAUCACAACGACGAGACGAUGCGAUUGGGUGCAAAUACUUUGGCAAAUGCUCUGGCUGCCAGCUUCAGAUGCUGUCGUAUGAGGAUCAGCUGGCCCAUAAGAAACGCAUCGUCGAGAAGGCAUACGCCAACUUCUCCGGCCUCAUCCCGGACCUUAUUCCUGCCAUUGGAGAUACAUUCCCAUCGCCUCAGCAAUAUGGAUAUAGAACCAAACUCACGCCGCACUUUCCUGCACCCAUAGGUGGAAGAAACAAGGAUAUUCCGGAGUCUGAACUUCAAGUGCCACCCAUCGGCUUCACUUACAAAAAUCAACGGCGGCAUUUAGAUAUCGAGGACUGCCCAUUAGGCACGGACAUAAUCCGACAAGGAUACAAGAGCGAGAGAAAGAGGGUAGCGGAAAAUCUGUCCAAGUACAAGAAGGGCGCAACCAUUCUCCUCCGCGAGACCUCCAGUCGCACUCCAAAGGAGGUCUCGGCAGACGCCAAUGACAACUCCGACUCCAAACCAACAGUCCCAAUCACCUACGAGAACAAGAACAAACCCGAGCAAGAAUCUGGCGAUGUCAUCACCAUCGACCGCCCAACCUACACUGAAGAAAAACGGUGUGUAACAGACCAAAACGCAACCUCAGUCGAGUACAUCGACGACUACCUCUUCACCAACAAAGCCGGCGCCUUCUUCCAAAACAACAACUCCAUCCUCUCCGGCUUCACAGAAUACAUCCGCCAACAAUCCCUUGCGCCUAAGACUGACACCUCCACCGCCGCCAAAACCUCCAGCCCCAUAAAAUACCUCCUAGACGCCUACUCCGGCUCCGGCCUCUUCACCAUAACCCUCUCCCCGCUCUUCAAAUCCAGCCUCGGUGUCGACGUAGCGGGCGACUCCAUCAUCUCUGCGCGCGACAAUGCACGUGCAAAUUCGCUACCCAACACCGGCUUCGCCGCCGCCGACGCCGCAACCCUGUUUAAGGACGUUCCUUACCCGGCUGACCAGACGUUACUUGUUAUUGAUCCCCCGCGGAAGGGAUGUAGCGAGGACUUCUUGCAGCAGUUGUUGACGUAUGGCCCGCGGCGCGUGGUAUACGUUAGUUGCAACGUGCAUACGCAGGCAAGAGACGUGGCUGUUAUGGUUCAGGGAGAUCAGAAGAAGGGGCUGAGAUAUGAUAUUGAAAGUAUUCGCGGAUUUGACUUUUUCCCGCAGACGGGCCAUGUGGAGGGUGUGGCUGUUUUGAAUAAGGUUGCUAUAUAG